AUGUGGGCUGGUCCCUCUGAGCUCAACACUCAACACCCGGAUGUGUGCGGCACUUCGACUGCAUAGUAGAAUCGCUGGUUCCAGAUAAUAGACUAUUUGAUGGGAAUCAGAUCGCGGAUUACGACAAAAAAAUGAAAUCAACUGAAUCAGUGCCGUUUUGGAAUCACUGACAUAAUGGAGGACGAUCUGGUUUCAGAGGAUGAUAUCUUGUUCCGGUCGGAGAAGGAAUUCCACGAUGCAGCAAAGAGGAACGACACGGACAAAAUGCGGGAGCUGAUGAAGAAAGGAGUGGACAUCAAGGCCAAAAACAAAAAAGGCCGUACAGCGCUGCACUGGGCGGCAGGGGCUGGGAACGAGCAGGCUCUACGUCUGUUACUAGACCAUAAUAAUGAGGUGGAUGUGGAGGACAGUUUUGGUAUGAAUCCUCUGCUGCUGGCAGCCUGGUUCGGUCGCCUCAAGAUCCUACAGAUCCUCGUGGCCUCUGGCGCAAAGCUCAACUGUGAAAACAAAAAUGGGCUGGGCCUGCUGCACUGUGCCGCCCAGCGGGGUCAUAGCAGAGUGCUGGAGUUCAUCAUGGAGGACCUAGUAGAGGAUGUACUGCUGGACAGGGUGGACAAUUCUGGGAAGACCGCGUUUCACCUGGCUGCAGAACAUGGACAACUAGAGGUGGUUGAGUUCCUCAUCGGUAUGGGCUGCACUCACGGCCUCAAGGAUAAGGAUGAAAACAUGGCCAUCCAUCUAGCAGCCAAGCAUGGACAUAACGAGGUCCUGCAGAAGUUAGUUGAGACAGGAGUGGACAUUGACGAGAGAAACAUAGACGGACUGACACCUCUGCACCUGUCCUCUGAUGGAGGUCACUAUGAAUGUGUCAAACUACUGCUGGAGGCCUGCUGUAAUGUCAACGCGCUGACAAACAAGAAUAUGAAUGCCCUCCACUACGUGGCCCAGCACGGCUUUGAGAGAGAGACCAGUCUGCUACUGGAGGCGGGCGUCAACACAGACACGGUGGAUGGCCAACACACAUCCCCUCUUCACAUCGCCGUGCUCCACAAUCACACCGAGGUGGUACGGCUGCUAAUAGACGCUGAAUGUGAUCUGGACAUAUCUGACAAUAGGCUCCAGACAGCCCUGCACAUCGCAGCAGAGCAUGGAAGACAGGACAUCGCUGAGAUGAUCCUCAUAGCUGGGGUAAACCUCAAACUACUGGAUAAGCAGGGGAAGACUUCUCUGGAGGUGGCAGCCAGAGGAAACCAUGUCAUCUUAGUGGACAUGAUCAUCAAAGCAGACCGGUUUUACAAGUGGGAAAAGGACAACGUGAUCAGCGACGAUGAUUUGUGGCUGGGGAAGCAGCUGAGCUUUAAGCAGGACCACCAGGUGGAGACCCAGCACCUGCGCUCUGUCACGUGGAGGCUGGCCACCAAAGACCUGUCCCGCGGGGAGUGGAAGAGCCUCGCACAACACUGGGGCUUCACGGAUGCCCACAUACGCUCCAUAGAGCAGCAGUGGACAGGUACAAAGAGCUUCAAGGAGCAUGGGCACCGUAUGUUGCUGAUCUGGCUGCAUGGAGUAGUCAUCGCAGGGGAGAACCCAAUCAAAGGCCUGUAUGAGGGACUGACGGGGAUCUCCAGGACCGACCUAGCUGAAAGCAUCAGACAGAAGGCAAAUGCAGACACAAGCUCUCCCAAGAAAUGCACCGCCAUGUGAACAAGUCCAUCCUGAAACACACUGAUAUACUGCAGGAAUAAAUGGCCAUCCCAGGGUUCAAAACUACAAAUAGUGUCUGAAUAAAGUUAACACACUAAACAAAAUAUAAAUGCAACAUGUAAAGUGUUGGUCCCAAGUUUAAUGACCUGAAAUAAAUUCUCAGAAAUGGUCCAUAAGCACAAAAAGCUUAUUUCUCUCAAAUUUUGUGCACAAAUUUGUUUACAUCCCUGUUAGUGAACAUUUCUCCUUUGCCAAGAUAAUCCAUCUGCCUGACAGGUGUGGCAUAUCAAGAAGCUGAUUAAACAGCAUGAUCAUUAUACAGGUGUACCUUGAAUAAUAGAAGGCAACUCCAAAAUGUACAGAUUUGUCACACAACACAAUGCCACAGAUGUUUUAUGUUUUGAGGGAGCAUAACAUUGGAAUGCUGACUGCAUGAAUGUCCACCAGAGCUGUUGCCAGAGAAUUUAAUGUCCAUAAGCCUCAAGUCAUUUGAGAGAAUUUGGCAGUACGUCCAACCGGCCUAAUCCAUAGAUUAGGACUUAAUUAAAUUAUUUCAAUUGACUGCUGUCCUUAUAUAAACUGUAACUCAGUAAAAUCUUUGAAAUUGUUGCAUGUUGUGUUUAUAUUUUUGUUCUGUAUAUAUUUAAUACUUAUGGAGGCACCCAUGUAAAUAUAUCUAAUAUGUUAUGGUGCCCAGCAACCUGUAAUUCGACCCCUGGAUCAGUCAAGGAUCCAUGUAUGUCUGUCAUACAGAGAACUAUAGCAGUCAGUGUUUUUCUCUUAGUUCAACUGAAUUAAAUGUUAAGAGUUUUUUGUGUGUGGGGUGGUGCACUGUAAAUGUGAAAAAUAUUUGCUCUACUGGUGCAGGUGCAAUGAAAAUAAAUGUUCUACUGAGCCAUUAUAUUUCCAUAUUCUAGGCAUGGCCUAACUAUCUAGGCACCAUGCAUUUAAGACCACUUGUUGUUUAGCCUAAAAGGCAAAGAGGGCAUAAUAAAUUAACAAUCACCAUCUUUUUCAUGCCUUUUAAUAAAACAAAUAUUCUACCAUUUAAUUUUUUCAUACCUGAGAAGUAAAACAAAUGUUUUUCUCUACAUCUGCCAUAUUAAUAGAAUGCUUUUUUCAAUGUUUUACUAGCGAGACCACUUGUUUUAUACUGCUUUCAGCUGUGUGGUGAAGUAUUCCACAUUGCUCUCUUCUGUACCGGACUGCAAUGCCAACUCAGUCUACUAAAUUACAACUGUUCAUGACUAUGCAGCUCAAUAACUAAAAUAGGUGGUGGUUCUACCACAUGGUAGAUUUUUACCAUAAAAUUCCAUACAUAUUGUGUAAAGAUCCGUUUUUAACAAAUACUUAACUGUUUUCUAUUUUCUUGUAUUGAUGGACUGUUAUUUAGUUGAUCACUGUUUGGCUUGGACAUUUAGGUCAAUUAAACAAUUGAUGAUCAACAACUAA